AAGUAGUCCUGGGCCCUGGUAGCGGUAGCUAAGCUGUAGUGUUGCAGCAGCUGCUUCUGGUAUUUUGCUGGUAAAAACAAUCCGAAUUCGCGUUUAAACCGGUGUAUUAGGUUGCGGAUUGAAGCGGAGCAUGGGGAAGAAACAUAAGAAGUAUAAACCGGAGUGGAGGGCAGUAGAAGGAGAUUAUGAAGAUAAGCAGCUGGAGAAACCCCUGAAGCUGGUGCUGAAGGUCGGGGGCAGUGAGGUGACGGAGCUCUCCGGAUCGGGACACGACUCCAGCUACUACGAUGAUCGCUCCGACCACGAGCGCCACAAAGAGAAGAAGAAGAAAAAGAAGAAGAAGUCUGAGAAGGAGAAGGACAAGCAUGUGGACGAUGAGGAGAGGAGGAGGAGGAAGGAGGAGAAGAAGAAGAAGCGAGAGAGAGAGCAGUUAGAAAACGCAGGUAAUCCCCCCAUAGAGCCCAUCACCCUCUCCAAACCCGUGGAGGUGAGAGCCGGGGCCUCCGAGACCAGCGUCAUCAUCAACAAGAGCAAGGUGCUGGCGGCGGAGGAGAAGGAAAAAGAGAAAGAGAGGGAGAAAGAGAGGGAGAAAGAGAAGGAGAAGGAUAGAGAGAAGGAUAAAGAGAGGGAGAAGGAGAAGAAGAGGAAGAGGGAGAAGAUGGAGAAGAUGGAGGCUGAAGCCGAGGUUGAAGAGUUUCAGCCCAGUUUGCAGGGAGACGUGGAGUUGGGAGAUCGACCCGUCAGAGCCUGUCGUACUCAGCAGGAAAGUGAGUGCACACCUCGCCAGCAGCUCCUCGAACACUUCCUUCGUCUGCUUCAGAGGAAAGACCCCCACGGGUUCUUUGCGUUCCCGGUGACGGACGCCAUCGCUCCGGGAUACUCUGUCAUCAUCAAACACCCCAUGGACUUCAGCACCAUGAAGGACAAGAUCACUACAAACGAAUAUAAAACAGUGACAGAAUUCAAGGGCGACUUUAAGCUGAUGUGCGACAACGCCAUGGUGUACAACCGGCCGGAGACGGUCUACUACAAAGCUGCUAAGAAGCUUCUCCACACCGGCUUCAAAAUGAUGAGCAAAGAGCGGCUCUUAGCUCUGAAGCGCAGCAUGUCUUUCAUGCACGACAUGGAUUUCUCUCAGCAGGCCGCCAUACUGGGCGACGAGGACAUGGGCGGCGACGAGGCCGUCCCCGAGAUCGUACCCGUCCACCCCGAGUCCGCCAAGAAAUCCAAAAAGCAGCCGGCUAAAGAGCCCGUCAUCAGUGAUCUGUACGAGUUGGAGGGGAACGCCUGUAGUCUGACGGACAGCACGGCGGAGGAACACGUCCUGGCUCUGGUGGAACACGCGGCCGACGAGGCGCGAGACCGCAUCAACCGCUUCAUGCCCAACUCUAAGGUUGGGUAUCUGAAGAAGGAAGCUGAUGGAUCUCUGAUUUAUAAUGUAGUGAAUCAGCAGGACCCAGAGGCUGAAGAUGAAGAGACUCAUGCUGUAGAUUUAAGCUCACUGUCUAAUAAGCUUUUACCUGGACUCACCUCACUGGGCUUUAAAGACGACCGGAGACACAAAGUGACGUUCCUGAGCAAUGCGUAUAACACUCAGACUCUACAGAAUAACUCCAUCUACCCUGAGCUUCUGCCGGAGGAGAUGGAGAUGCUGUACUCGGCGUAUGGAGACGAAACGGGCGUGCAGUGUGCUCUCAGCCUCCAGGAGUUUGUUAAAGACUGUGGCGGUUUCACCAAACGGCUGGUGGACGAUCUGUUGGACAAAAUGACGGGAGGUGAUCACUCUAAAGCCGUCUUCCAGAUCCGACAGAAAAGGAACCUGCCUGUCGACGAAGCGAAGGCUGGUUUGUGUAACAUGCAGGGUUCAGAUGAAGGUGUGAUGGAGGGCGGAUCAGUUCUGGACUUCAUGUCUCUGAAGAAUUAUCCGGACAUGUCUCUGGACAUGCUGAACCCGCUGUCGGGGAAGCCGGUGAAGAAGGAGCCGGAGCACGAGGAGGGUCACCAGCACUUUGAGGACACGGCUAAGCUGCUGCAGGAGUUCCAGGACGCUGCGGUGGACAGGGUGGGCUCCAGACCCUCCUCCAACCUGUCCUCGCUCUCCAACGCCUCUGAGAGAGACCCCCACCAUUUAGGAAGCCCCUCCCACCUGGGAGUUGGAGAUCACUCUGAGAUGGUUCACGACCCGUACGAGUUCCUCCAGUCGCCAGAACCCGGUUCCACAGCGAACAGCUGAUCCGGCGCGCGGCGUUCUCUCGGCGGAUUGGUGUAAAUGGACUGUGAUUUAGUGCUGUAUGAUUAAUGUGCCUGUAAUCGUGAGCUUGUACAGAUUUGCUGCACUUUGUACAAUAAACGCUCCUCAAGACUUUUGUACA